AUGUUCAUCUACAAUGGCAAAUUUACCUACUAUCGCUAUGCAUUGGACGAGACCAUCACCUUCGUCUUCCCCGUCGGUUUCGCACUCAACGACCCUGUCAACGCUUACUGGCAAUGGACAGUCGAUGCCAAAGGCAACCAGAAACCAAAUACGCCCCGCUCUGGCAUCAGCAGCAGCGUCGUCAAGACUGCCGACGAAUACCGCGUCCAUGUCUCCUUCGGGUACUACAGAGUCGACGUGACCGUCGCCGCCGACUUCAAGUCCAUUUCCUUCCUCAUGCGCAGCCGGUCUGAGGGCCCCGCCGGCCCCUUCACCCUACCCGCUAUGCAUGCCGAGGCUUCACGCAUGCCGUCCACCGUAGUCUACACCGGCAAGCUCAACUGGCGCUCCUGGGCGGAAAACGAGAUGAUUACCCUCGUUAUCCCCGACGGGGUUUCCGAGGGCGCGUUCUUCGGACUCUACCACCAGUGGACGGUCGACGCUGCGGGGAACCAGAAGACGAACUACCCCGUCAAUGGUGUCUUCCAGAACGUCAGCGCUGACCUCAGCGGGGCCGUCACCGCGACGUCUAAGGCGUCGUACUACACUUACGACUUCAGCUUCCACGGCAAGGAGGGCUCCUUCACGCUGUUGGACCCGAAUGGGGACAAGUCUGAGGGCAACAAGAUCAUGCAGACCGACUUCAGGUCGCUCGGCACUAAGAAGGCACUCAUCGUUCGCUACGGCACCGGUACUGACGACGGCAUAUUCUAUAUCGAGGAGAUGCUCACGAAACACCUUGGCUUUGCCACCGAUGAUGUCGACUUACUCUACUACGAUGUCGAGCCCAGUAACGGCGCGAAACAGUGCACCAAGGGACAGAAGGCACCAACCGUCGGUAACUUCGAGACCAGCUUCGCCGACUUGAUCUCCGGGACGUGCACUUCGACUAUACGUGGCCUGAACCUCGUCAUUGAUCUCCCAAUCAUUUGUGAUAGGGUCGAGGGAGACACCUAA